AUGGGCAAGCCCGUCGCUUUAGUAGUCGGCGCAUCACGCGGCAUGGGCCGCCAGGUGGCAGUUGAUCUGGCCAGGAACGGCUACGCAGUCGUCGUAGCGGCCAAAUCCACAAGCGAUGCGUCCAAAAACGUGCCCUUCCCGCCGGACCCCAACUCCCCCGACAGCACCAUCACCACCGUCGCCCGGGAAAUCACAACGGCCGGCGGCGACGCGCUCGCCCUGCAGGUGGACGUCCGGUUCGAGGAGAGCGUGAACAAGCUCGUCUCGGACGCCGUUGCCGCGUACGGCCGGCUCGACGUGCUGGUGUACAACUCGGGCGCGAUAUACUGGUCGUCGGUGGCCAACACGCCCCUCAAGCGGUUCCAGCUCAUGCAGCGCGUCAACCCGGAGGGCCUGUACGCCGUGGUGCAGGCCGCGCUGCCGCACCUCUCGCCCGCCGCGCGCGUCGUCGUCGUCAGCCCGCCCAUCUACAGCCGCUUCUUCCGCGGCAAGACGGCCUACGCCAUGGGCAAGGUGGGCAUGAGCGUCCUGACAAAGGGCCUGGGCAUGGACUUUGCCCGUGAGGGCAAGCUGGCCGCCGGCAUGGCCAUCUCCAGCAUGUGGCCUGCCGUGGCCAUCGAGUCUGCGGCCACCCAGCACUUUGGCGGCUCCUCGCCCGAGGAGCGCCGCGACCUGCGCAAGGCAACCAUCUUCAGCGACGCCGUGCUGGGCGUGCUCCGCGCCCCCGCGGACAAGGUCAACGGCGAGCUGUUCCUCGACGAGGACUUUUUGCGCGACUUUUGCGGCGUCGCCGAUUUUCAAAAGUACGCCGUCGUGCCGGGCGCCCAGCCGCGCAGGAUGCUGCCCGCCAAGCUGCCCGACUUGAGUGUUGCCGAGCAGGACGACGAAGGGAAGAGGAUAGACCUGGCCAAGCCCAAGAUAUAG